UGACAGUUGAGGCAAGCAGCCAACCUUAAAAGGCGAUUUCAUCAAACUUCCCCAAACCCCCGAUCACAAUCCCCAAUAAUCAUACCCCAGAAAAGACCCACACACAGCUCACCAACACUGCCAAAAAACCAUCUCAGCAAGCAACAAUGACUCUCUCCGGCGCCAUCACCGACUUCUUCAACGGCCUCUACGAGCUCUUCGCCUCCAUGGCCAGCGUCGCAUACCGCACCGUCCACUCCGUCUUCGCUGCCGUGUGGGGGCUGUUCAGCGGCAUCGUCAAUCUUAUCACCGAUGUCGUGGGCGGCAGCGUGGAGGUUGUGGGUGGCGUGGGCCGGUUCCUUAUCAGCAAUAUCGUCGUACUCGCCAUUAUCGGAGCAGGUGGGUUUGCCUAUGUGCGGUAUCGGGACCAGCAGGGGCGGCCGGUGAGGGUUGGGAACAAGAAGGCGAAUUGAAUGAAGGACGUAUGAGAGGCGUUUUGGAUAAGAUGGGGGUUGUGAGAUACCAUUUAGCUUGAAGAGAUUCAAUCUGGGGUCGGUGUAAUUACACAACAGACAGGCCAUCACUGUCGCUAUCACUUAUCACCUCAUGUUAACGUGUGAGAGGCAUUACCCAAGA